CAACACGGCACUGGCCUGCUCGUACUAGAAAACAGACGUUGAGUGAUUAACAGGACCUUGUGGAGAGCAGGUGUGCAGACGAACAGUACUGUAUCAUGGCACUGGACUUGAUAGCAGGAGCAGCAUUUGGGGCGUUGUAUGACCGUGUUUCGCGAGCGGUGGACAAGAAGGUGGCGUUGAAAGACAGUCUCAAAGAUAUGAAACGCACAUUGGAGUCCUUAAGAGGACAGGCUGGAAUCAUUCGAGGGAUACGAGAGUUCAACGAGGAACUGAGUCUCCCAAACGAUGGUAUAGAUGAUCUCGAAACACAAAUGAUUGAAGGCGAAAAACUCAUUUGCAGGUUGUCUUGUCUUGGUAUCUACACCUACUGCUGCACAAGUGGCUGUGCUGAGCAGCUUGAUGAAUUGAAUAGGUGUCUGGAAAGACUCUUGGAAACCUUGAUGUUGCAGCAAGCAAGAGAUGUGAAGGAGAUCUUGAAAGGGUCAAGGCAAACCCGCGAUGAUGUUGAUGAAAUAAGGCAAAUGAUGAAGAAGAUACUACUCCAUAUUGAAGGGGAUUCGGUGGAGUCUCCAGCUUCAGAAACCACUACAGAGAAUGAAGGAAAUGGCGAGGAACAAGUGGCAUCAUUAGAAGGACGAGUGGAAGCAGCAUUUCUUGCCCUGUUUGGUAUUGUUUUGGAAGUGAAGGACAAGAAUGUGAUGUAUAGACCACUUAUGGGAUCUAUCAAAUCCAGUCUGGACUGCUUAAAGCCAUUGAUCGAAGACAUGGCACAAGGAAACAGGGUCCUGGAUCGUCCAGUUAAGGAACUAGAGUAUUUCAGAAUGCAUAUGGAGAAAGGUGCAGAGCUAGUCCGCAAGUGCUCCAAAAAUGGUGUGUGCGCCAAAUACAAAAAGAAGAAAUACACCAACCAACUUCUUGAGUUGGAUGCAUGUCUUCAGAGGCAGUUCAAUGUACUGAGAGCGCAGGUUGCAAGAGAUGUGAGGGAGACCACAGCUUCGAUAAAGAGUAUACAGAAGGUGAUCAAGCGAAUUGAGGAGAGUGGUGUCAUGAAGAAUCAAAUGGAAAUGAAUGGUCCGUGUGAAGUAGUUGAGGCUUCAUCCCCUGAUGAACAGAAUGAGGGUUUGGUUGAACCUUCAUCCCCUGAUGAACAGAAUAAGGGAGUUGGAAAAAUGGAGGCAUCAGAUAUAAGAGUUGAAGGCAGUGGUGAGGUCCAAGAAAAGAGUGAAGUUCCAAAUUGUUUUGAAGUACCUGAACCUCCAUUGUUUACAGUUGGGUUGGAUGUGGCUUUGAAAGAGAUGAAGAUGAAGCUCCUGGAGGAUGGGUUUACGAAGAUUGUUGUCUGGGGUGUUGGAGGAGUCGGGAAGACCACAUUGGUGAAAAUGUUGUGUCAUGAUCAGGAAGUCAAAGAUAAAUUCAAGAAAAUCUUCUUUACCACUGCUUCAAAAUGGCAGAACCUGAACCUCAUUAUGCAAGAACUAUAUCGAGUCCUGUGUUCCCAGAUUCCUACUUUCCAAAACAAAGAAGGGAGGCGUUAUCUGGUUGUCCUGGAUGAUGUUGGGGAUGGAUCAGAAUCCAUUCUUCCGGAGUUUGAUGGAUUGAAAAUUCCAAAUAGCAAGAUUUUGAUUACAUCAAGAUAUCCAUUUCCAGGAGUUGGUUCUCAAUACCAUUUGAAAUCUCUGAAUGAUGAGGAUGCAAUGUCUCUUUUUCAUCACUCAGCAUCAUUGGGAGAUCAGUGCUCUUAUAUUCCAGAAGAUCUUUUGAGAAAGAUAGUAGAGUGUUGUAAGGGACUUCCACUUGCAAUCACUGUGAACGGAAGAUCACUUUGCGGGCAACCUAUUGAAAUCUGGCAAAAGAGAAUAGUAGAAUGGGGGAGAGGUUCUUCUAUUUUUGAUACAGAACCAGAAAUGAUUGUUUGCCUCCAAAGAAGCUUGGAUGCCUUACAUAGAGAAAAGACUAUCAUCAAAGAAUGUUUUGUAGACCUUGCUUCAUUUCCUGAAGACCAAGUAAUCCCUGCUGCUGCCCUCAUUGAUAUGUGGGCAGAAUUAUAUGGACUAGAUGAAGAGUAUUGGUCCAUUGCAAACCUCCAGAAGCUCACCAUCCGCGGAUUUGCCAAUAUUGUCUCAAGGGAGGAGGAGAUGGAGGUGGAUGGCUAUUACAGUGAUCUCUUUGUUACCCUGCAUCAUAUGCUUAGAGGGCUGGCAAUCCACAAGGCUAGUGAGGACACAAUAGAACAGAGAAAUAGACUGAUUAUAGACAUACAUGGAGACAAUCUUCCUAGCUGGUGGACAGAACAGAAGUAUCAGCCUAGGAAUGCUCGUCUACUAUCUGUCUCAACUGAUCGAGCGUUCUCAAGAAAAUGGCACUACAUGCAAGUACCAAAAGUUGAGGUUCUAGUUUUGAACUUCCAGACUGAGAAAUAUGAGUUACCUGAUUUUCUGGAUAAAAUAGACAAAUUAAAGGUUCUAGUAGUCACAAACUAUGGCUCCUCGUCUGCUCAGUUAAGUAACUUUCAACUGGUAGGCUCAUUGCGAAAUCUGAAAAGAAUCAGAUUAGAGGGAGUUUCGAUUACUUCCAUAACCAAGAACCCCAUACAACUGGAUAGUCUAAAGAAGAUAGCUUUUACCAAGUGUGACAUGGGUCAAGCUUUUGGCAACUCUUCCUUUCAAUUUUCUAUAGCAUUUCCAAAUCUAGUGGAGAUGUAUGUCGAGCAUUGCCACGAUUUGAAGGAAUUGCCUGCUGACCUUGGUAAUCUUUCCCACCUAGAGACACUCUCUAUCUCCAAUUGCCAUAGGCUGUCCACCUUGCCUGAAGGGAUUGGAAAUCUGAGCAAGUUGAAAAGGUUGAGGGUUAGGUAUGGUACAAACUUUGUAAAGUUUCCAGGAUCAAUUAGGAAGCUCAAUAGCUUAGAGUUUCUUGACAUAUCUGGUUGCAUCAAAAUCAUGGGUUUCCCUGAAGACAUUGGUGAAAUGAGCAGAUUAAGAAAGCUGAACAUAAGUGGUUGCUCAAGAUUGAAAGAGCUGCCACUGUCUGUUUUGAGUCUUGAGCAGUUACAGGAAGUGAUAAUGGAUGAAGAGACAGAAAAGUCAUGGAAUCCUUUCCUACUCAAAAACAUAGACACAAGGGUGGUUCCUCCACUUACAGUUGGAUUUGAUGUGGCUUUGGAGGAGUUGAACUGUCAGGUACUCAAGGAUAGGAUGUCCAGACGUGUCGAGUGUGGUAUAGCACAAAAUAAAAUUCAAACCGAAGGUUGGUGUCCUGUACCUGUGCCUUCUUCGCUCACUAUGGGAUUAGAUGUCCUCAACGUGUGGGGAGCAAUGAAGAUGGAUGAGAAAUUGACUUCAGAAGUGAGGGUCAAGCAAAUUGAAGGGAGUGAUGUGGUGAAAAAACAACUUGGAAUUAAAGGGAUAUCCGGGAAUCACAGCAGGAACAACAUAGUUUCCAAUGCGAGCAGCAGUGCAGGAGGAAGUCAAUUGUUGAAGGCAGCAGAGACAGAUGAGUCGCAGACUGAUGAGCAAAGUUUGGAGACAUUUGUCUUAAGACGUUUCAAUUUUGAAGAGUUGAAUGUUGCUACUGGGAAUUUCAGGUCAGAUGGAAUAAUUGGUAGGGGGCCCUUUGGUAACAUUUUCAAGGGUUGGGUGGAUGAGAAGACGCUUGCACCUUCUAAGGUUGGCUUUGGAAUGCCUGUUGCUGUCAAGAAACUGAAUCCAGAAAGAGUGCUAGAUUUUGAAGAGUGGCAGUCAGAGUUGAACUUUCGAGGAAGGACUUCUCACCCCAACCUUGUAAAGCUAUUGGGUUACUGUCGUGAGGAAAAGGAGAUGCUCUUUGUUUAUGAUUUCAUGCCUAAUGGAAGCUUGGAAGAUCAUUUUCAUAGAAGGAGCCCUGGCAUUGAAACACUACCUUGGAACUACAGACUCGAUGCAGCUUUUGGCAUGGAACCCCUAUCUUGGAACAAAAGACUGGAUAUAGCUUCUGGAGUAGCUCAAGCCCUAGCCUACUUGCAUACUUUUUCACCUAAUCAAAUUGUCCACAGUGACCUUAAGGCCUCAAAUAUCUUGCUUGAUAGGAAUUACAAUGCAAAACUCUCAAAUUUUGGAUUAGAAAGACUUGGGAAAACUGGUGAACUGUCACAUCAAUCAACUCGCUUUGUAGGAACAUCUCCUUAUAUUGAUCCAAAGGAAAUUACAACAGGUCAUUCUUAUGUAAAGAGCGAUGUUUAUAGGUUUGGUGUUACACUACUUCAGUUGCUGACAGGGUUAAAGACCACUGAUAGAAAUCGUCCCAGCGAACGGCAAAAUCUGGGGUUAAAGACCACUGAUAGAAAUUGUCCCAGCGAACGGCAAAAUCUGGUUGAAUGGGGUAAACCACUACUCUUGAAUGAGAGAAAUUUGAAAACCAUCAUGGACGUGCGGAUAGAGGGCCAAUAUUCCUCCAAGGCAGCAUUUCAAGUAGCACAACUUACUCUAAAAUGCCUAGCAUUGGAUCCCAAAAGCCGACCUUCCACGACAGAAGUUGUGGAAGAACUGGAACAAAUUCAGGCAAUAGAGGAAAGAACUUUAAACACCAGUAUGCCCAGCAGUGAGUGCCGGAGGAACAUAGAUUCGAACACUAGCAGUGGCGGAGGAACAAGUGUAUUCUCGGAGGGAAAAACAUCAACAUUUCAAAGCAAAGAUGAUGAUCAGUCAAUUGAUGGCCAUAUUUCAGAGACAUCCAACUUGAGAGUUUUCAGUUUUGCAGAGUUGAAGACUGCGACAAGGAAUUUCAGGGCAGACACAAUGCUUGGUGAGGGAGGUUUUGGGAUUGUAUUCAAGGGCUGGUUGGAUGAAACGUCGGUUUCACCUUCUAAAGCUGGCACUGGAAUGAUGAUUGCUAUCAAGAAACUGAAAGCAGAAAGUUUUCAAGGCUUUAAAGAGUGGCAGGCAGAGGUGAACUUUGUAGGAAGGCUUUCUCAUCCCAACCUUGUGAAGCUGUUGGGAUACUGUUGGGAAGAUAAGGAGUUACUCCUUGUUUAUGAGUUCAUGAGCAGAGGAAGCUUGGAGAAUCAUCUUUUCAGACGGAAUCCAAACUUUGAACCGCUAUGUUGGGAAAAAAGAAUCAAAAUAGCUAUCGGAGCAGCUCGAGGCCUUGCUUUCUUGCACAGUUUAGAAAAACAAGUUAUAUACAGAGAUUUUAAGACCUCAAAUAUAUUGCUUGAUGGGAAUUACAACGCAAAACUCUCAGAUUUUGGCUUGGCGAAAUUGGGGCCAACUGGUGGAGACUCGCAUGUCUCAACUAGGAUUAUGGGAACUUACGGCUACGCAGCUCCGGAAUACAUUGCAACAGGUCAUUUGUAUGUGAAGAGUGAUGUGUACAGUUUCGGUGUUGUACUACUUGAACUUCUCACAGGGUUACGAGCACUCGAUACUAAACGCCCCAAGGAACAACUUAAUCUGGUAAGCUGGGCUAAUCGACUUCUUUCAAAUAAAAGAUAUUUGAAAACCAUCAUCGAUGGGCAGAUGGAAGGCCAAUAUUCCUUCAAGGCAGCAUCAAAGGCAGGACAGAUUACUCUAAAAUGUCUAGCACCAGAUCCUAAAAACCGACCUUCCAUGAAAGAAGUUGUGGAGGAACUGGAACAGAUUCAGGCAAUCGAGGAAAAACUUACGGCUACAGAUUCAAGCAACUCCCAUUUAGCUAGCCCCAAAAUAUGAGAGCAGGGGCACUUGAAUAUGCUGGGUUUGUGAGGAAAGUGAGGACUCCUUCGAUCUUGAUCUUUACUCUUUCUUCAUCCAAAGCAAAAGCCCCAUCAACCUCUUGGAGAAGUCAAGCUCUGUGCCCUGCCUAGCACCAGUG